AUGGCUCUUGAAGUAAGACAAUACAAUCUUUCACCCACGGAUCUCAUCCCGAAUUCGCCCCGACCUCUUCUGCACUACAAGAAUGUUCUAGCCAAAAGGCCCAACAACUCGCACUGUGAUCCAGCCGAAGUCUGGGACAUGUUCACGAGGAAUGAAUGGAAUGUGCACUGGAUCUUCCGCUACAGCCACACACAAGUAUCGCACUAUCAUUCUAAAGCACACGAGUGCAUGGCCGUCCUUUCCGGCACCGCGACCAUCCGAUUUGGUGUCGGUGACACGUCGCCCGAUCUGAACGAGAACACGCACGGGUCUGCCUGGGAAAAGGGUGGUGUCCUGCUAGAAGCCGAGGCUGGUGACGUGUUCAUCAUCCCAGCCGGCGUGGCACACAAGACGCACAACACUAAGCCCGAGGCCGAGUUUGCGCUAUUGUCACCGGGAACUGGGCACGGAAUCGAAGCCGAAGAUCCCAAGAAAGCCCUGUCGGAGGUCAGACUGGAUGGUUUUACUAUGAUGGGGGCUUAUAGCGGAGGUGACUGGGACUUUGUUGCGACUGGGGGGGAUUUCGAAAAGGUGUGGUCUGUUCCUAAACCAAAGUUUGAUCCUGUCCUUGGGAGUUCAGAGCAAGGGCUUUGCAAAACUUGGCGGGGAAGCGACUCUAUGCCCAGGUCCCAUCUCUAG